AUGAGGAGUGCCGUGGGGCUGUGUGUGCUGGGCCUGUUGUGCCUCCACCGCUCAGUGUUUGGGCAGCCUGGAGUCCUGAUCUUCUGUGAUGACCCCUCGGUGGAGAAGGCCGUGCACAGCGCCGUGCACAAGUUCAACCAGGAAGUGCUCACUGGACACAAGCUCGCCCUCUAUCAGAUACUUUCAGCCAGCAAGUCGGAGAACGGCUCGGAAUCCCUGUAUUCAGUGCAGUUCACCAGCAGACGGAGCGACUGUCCAGCUGGCAGCAGCAAACCCUGGACAGACUGCGACUACCUGUCAUCCGGAAGCAAGAAACCGAUUCCAUGCAACGCCACAGUGCUGAUGACAGAGACUGAAGCUGACACCAAAGAGGUGGACUGUCAGAUUGAGGAACUUGUUGUUCCAGAGAGAGUUUCCUGCAUGGGCUGCCCGAAGGAGAUCGACAACAACUCGGAGGACCUGAAGGUCCCCGUCUCCGCCUCCAUCGCCAAGUACAACUCCGACUCCAACUCCACUCACCUGUUCGCCCUGCAUGAGCUCGGCUACGCCACCAGACAGGUGGUUGCAGGUUUCAGGUACAAGUUGAAAUUUGACAUGAGGAAGACGACCUGCACCAAGGCUGAGCACAAAGAACUCCACGAGCGGUGUGUCCCCAAUGAAGCCGAUGUGGAGUUUGUAAACUGUAACUCUACGGUGGACACAGCGCCAUGGAGGCUGGAGACCCCGGCGGUCAUGAUACAGUGCGAACUGGGCCUCCUGCCUUUCACGCCUUUCAGCAGGCGUCGUCCUCCCGGCUUUUCUCCUCUCAGGCACGUCAAACAUGAGCAUCCCUCGUCCACCACAAGCCCUCCCACGACUGCACCACCCCCCUCUAAGGCCUCCGUCAAAGAGGAUUCGUCUGAGGAAGACCUGUCGGCCCCCAGCUCGUCGUCUGAUCCCAACGACAGCCCUUUCCACUGUCCAGCCAAGCCCUGGAAACCUUUCCAUCCGGUCCAAGUGGGGCUGGAGAAGACUAAGGUGGAGGAGGCCCCCACCCAGCCCACACCAGAAGGCACCUUAAAAGAUACAGACCUGCUGUCUUAA